AUGCUGAGCCUGGAGGACGAGACGGCGCUCGCCAUCGUGGAGCCCGCCGCGCUGCACGCGCACGUAGACGCGCAGCGCCGCCUGCAUGUAACUACCACUGCUCUCUUAUUGCGAGCUGGGCGAGCUGGAGCUGUUCUCGUGCGUGCUGGGCCUGGAGGACGAGACGGCGCUCGCCAUCGUGGAGCCCGCCGCGCUGCACGCGCACGUAGACGCGCAGCGCCGCCUGCAGGUAACUACCACGGCUCUCGUAGUGCGCGCUGGGCGAGCUGGAGCUGUUCUCGUGCGUGCUGGGCCUGGAGGACGAGACGGCGCUCGCCAUCGUGGAGCCCGCCGCGCUGCACGCGCACGUAG